AAGACAGGAAAAACGAAAGAGAGAGAGCGAGAGGAGGGGGAGCGAAAGAGAGAGGAAUGAUGCUGAUCUCUUCACGCAACACAGAGGAUGCUAUCGAUCAGCCUCAUACAUCCUCGCAAUUUAGCGGCCAAUGCACGUACGCGCGUAAAAAGUCCCCCACCUCCUUCAACGCCGAAGAUGUGGCGCCGAUCAAUACAUCCCACCGCGCCAAAAAAGCUCACCCGAAAGUAACCGCUUUUGCACCUCGCAGGUAGCGCCCGUUUUGGAAACGUUUCCGAUGCAGAACUCCGCACCAGCGCACUCCGGGAUGGUGAGCCACUGUCAGCCGACGUUCGGCGACUUCGCGGCCGUGCACGGCGUCGGCAGAGCGGACACGUGGGCGCGGCGUGGCGUAGCCACCGGCUUCGGAGGAGGUCAAGUUUACCACCACCACCACCACCACCACCAGGAGAACGCCAGCGCUAAGCUGCCGGGUGACUGCGCCGCCACGCCGGGCGUAAAAACGCAUGUGGCCGCUAAAGCUCCACGCUCCUGCUUCACGUUCCCUCCGAUGCAAGGUCACGGCGGCUACAGCUUAGCAAAGAACGGCGACGCUGAGCUGGGGGCCACCCAGGGCACCUUGAUGCCAUGUGGGCAGAGUUUGCCGCUGCCCUUGGGGGGUCACCCUGGGGGACUUUACCCGCAGAGCCUCCAGUGUGACAGUCCUGCGCCUGAUCUUCUUCUGCAGGACAGCCCUCACCAGGACGCCAGGUCAUCCACUUUUCAGAGGACCCUGCCCGGGGCCUCACCCGGCCUGAGCUGCGGCGGUGCCAACGGGGCUCCGUCGGCUCUAGCGUAUUCCAUCAAGGAAGAGGAUGCGAUGGGCUACACCGUUUCAAACAUGGUGCCCGGAAUCCAAACUGGCUUUCACGACUCGAGGUCCGGCAUCGUUCUGAGGACGUCGAGGGACGAGAUGGCGCCCGGUGGCGGCAACGGCAGAGAUAGCAUGUGCGUCGUGGGCAACGCCGCAUCGGCCGAUGCGGCGCAACCUUUUAAUAAUGAAGACGGCUCCUCCCCGUCGGCUUUGUCCCCAACGAGCUCCCGUCAUUCGGCGCGUCAGCUCGGCACCGGCGCUCUGAAAAGACGUCGCCUUUCGCCGGCCUCGCAGUCCGCCGCCGCGGAUUCUCCGUCUGCCACCGGGACCGCCUCGGAGGAGAUCAACAUCACCGCCAUCAUCUGCGCCUCCUCGCAGACGUCCAUGGUGGCUCGCGUCAACGGCUUCCGCGCCAACCUCUCGCCCGGCCACGCGAGCAGCGGCAGGUUUUCCUCUCCCUCGUCCUCCUCCUCUUCGUCGUCAACAUCCCCGCCGAAUAUCCCCUGCUCUCGGGAAGCCCCCCGCAAAUCCGCGCAGCACCAGAGCCCCCGGCGGAGCUCGCUGCAGGAGAGCUGUCAGCUAUCAAACUCACCUGCCACCUGCCUGCUGUCCCUGCCCUCUUCCUGCUCCUCAUCCUCUUCGUCGGUGUCUUCGUCGGAGCCGGAGCAAGGCCAGGGACAGUGCGAGGAGCGGGGCUCCAUGCAGCUAGGCCGCGGGGCCGGAGGGACCCCCCUGGGGAAUGCGGGAGGGGGCGGAGGAGGCUCGUCGGAUGGCUCGGGGUUAUUCAUGCUAAUGUCGGGGACGCUGCAAGCGGCGCCGGAAGCCGGGGCUCUGAUGGACAGGAGCCAAAGAUCGGGGCCUGAAACCGGGGCCGUCCUCGAUAGGAACCAAAGAUCAGGGGCCGUCACGGGGGCUCUGCUGGACAUGAGCCAAAGAUCGGGGGCCACCCUCAAGCAGGAGCCCUUAGAUGACUUCACCCCCAGCGACGAUGAACUUUUGCAGCACCGCUACCACCAUCACUUAAGCGGGCGCAAUGGGCACGUCCGCCACCUCCAUCAGCACCCUCGCGCCGCCAUGCUGCCGCCGUACCACCUGCACCAAUAUGCGGGCGGUGGGCUUCUGAAUAGCCACACCCAUCAACAGGCACCGGGCUCGUCCCUGGGACUCAAGUCGUCGUCAUCGUCCGGCGGCCCCGCCGGGUCCCACGCGGGCAUGGAGACCGAGGAAGUCGGGCUCACGCCGGUCGAUAAGCAGUCGUGUCGCUGGAUUGACUGCAGCGCCGCCUACGAGCAACAGGAGGAGCUGGUGAGGCACAUUGAAAAGGUCCACAUUGACCAGCGCAAAGGCGAGGACUUCACCUGCUUCUGGGCCGGAUGCAUCCGGCGCUACAAGCCCUUCAACGCCCGCUACAAGCUGCUCAUCCACAUGAGGGUUCACUCUGGGGAGAAACCCAACAAGUGUAUGUUUGAGGGCUGCAACAAAGCGUUUUCGCGUCUGGAGAACUUGAAGAUCCACCUGAGGAGCCACACGGGGGAGAAGCCGUACCUGUGCCAGCACCCCGGCUGCCAGAAAGCUUUCAGCAACUCCAGCGACCGCGCCAAGCACCAGCGCACUCACCUGGACACGAAACCAUACGCGUGUCAGAUCCCCGGCUGCACCAAGCGAUACACCGACCCCAGCUCCCUGCGCAAGCACGUCAAGAUCCACUCGGCCAAAGAGCAACAGGUGCGUAGAAAGCUCCGUCCGUGUCCUCACCUGGAGCAGGACGUGCUGAGCGACUGUCUGUCCAUGCAGCACCUCCAGACCUCCAGUCAGACUCAACUUCUAUACAGCAGCAAGGACGGCUGCUCUCCGGGGCUGAGCCAAGACGUUUUUUCAGGCUUGUACCCCGGUGGCCCCCACCACCACAGCGCCUCCGCCGAGCUCCUCGCCACCCCCGCCGCCGCCGCUGCCAGCGCGACCGCCGCCGAGCUGCCCUCACGACAGCACUGCUUGUACCCCGGUGGCCCCCACCACCACAGCGCCUCCGCCGAGCUCCUCGCCACCCCCGCCGCCGCCGCUGCCAGCGCGACCGCCGCCGAGCUGCCCUCACGACAGCACUGCCUGGACCUGGACCUCAACAGCCCGCGUCAUCUGUCGCCCAUGGAGGGCAACAGGGACGGGACGACGUUAUGCUUUUACCCCGGUGGCCCCCACCACCACAGCGCCUCCGCCGAGCUCCUCGCCACCCCCGCCGCCGCCGCUGCCAGCGCGACCGCCGCCGAGCUGCCCUCACGACAGCACUGCCUGGACCUGGACCUCAACAGCCCGCGUCAUCUGUCGCCCAUGGAGGGCAACAGGGACGGGGUGUCGGGUCCACUCCUCUCUCCGGGGAUGAAGGGAACAGGCACCCCCCCUCCCCCUCCGCCCCCUCCCGCAUUGGAGAAGCAUCACGUCCAAGCCCAGCACAAGCCCUUCUCUCACUAUCACCACCAUCAGACCCCCAACAACGAAUUCCAAGGUAGCUUCCAGAGCUGCUUCCACUUCUCGGACUCCUUCUGCAUGGAGCAGACGGUGAACGGUGGUGGCAAAGAUUCUCACGCCUACGCUUCCCAUCAGCACAAUGGCUUCCACAUGGCCACCAGCAACUCACUGGGCCCCGCAGGCUUCAACUUGAGUCAGGGGCUGCAAGGCGGCACAGGGUGCCAGUUCUCCUCCAGUCCAGAGGAGGGCGCCUACUUCCAGACGGGCAGCUUUGAGCGCAGCCUCGGAAUCGAACCCUGCAACUAA